GAUCGCAAACGUUCACAGCAGAAAUGUCUCGACCAGUUUCCGUUUGCCUGUGCCUUGUGUUCCUCAUGCAUAGAAAAACAGAGCCGAGAAGUCUUCAUUUCAACCAAGAAGGACCCUUGAACUCACUUCCCGACAGCGCUAUUGGUCACUGGCUUCAGAAACAUAACAUGAUGAGGAGAAUAUGUCACAGGGCAACCACGGGCACAGUGCAUACAGGAAUUGGACACAAAAUCAACGUGAUUAGUUGUCAAACAAGUCUUGUAGCCGCCACUAGGAACGAUCAGGAACUAGAGGAAGAUGGGAAACUUUGUCCUGGUACCAAUUUUUGCACUGCCUCCCUGGCCGAAGUAAAAACCGUCAGGUCCUUGAGCGAUGUUCGUGACGUCACAAGCGCUCUCAGCUGCACCUGUACGUCGCGUGAAAAGAAAUGUCAGCGUAUACCUUCUGAGCAAGUCUUUUUCAGAGGGACUAAGUUUGAAACGAGAGUAGAUGUUGGUCAGUGCGUUGGAAAGUGCCUCUCACACGGCGCACGCGACGUCAAAUGCCGAUCAACCUCUUCAAAAACCGUCACAAUUAUGGGUCCGAACGGGGCCAGAUGUGUUGAGGUGAUUCAAUCAUGCGGAUGUGAGAGAAAAUGCUACAGGGCGUCACAUAAUGAGGCUGUUCAAAUCCAACUUAACAAUACAACCAUGACAGAGAUCAUUGAUGUUGGACGCUGCGUCGGAACUUGUUCUGGACAUGUGAAGGGUGAAUGUCUUCUCUGGAUAAACAACCCAGACGAAUCAGGGUCAAGAGCAAGGCGAUGCGUAAUCCAUACCAAGACGAGACAAAAAGGAUGUUACCCAGAAUCCACCAGAGUAGAGAUAUUGGGUGACAAGAGAGUAACUGUGGUGGAGUCCUGUGCGUGUCGAUAAACAAGGCGCUACUGCAUAGAUCGAGCUCUACUACCUUUUUUAGCAAGUGCAGUUUACAUAUUGAAUAAAGGAGAGAGAAGAGAUGGAAGAAUAAUUUAGGGCCGGUAAUUAUUUAUCGCCGGGGGGGGAGGGGGUUCGGAAUAUUCGGGUUAUGUCACAAAAAUUUUCAUAAUCCCUCUAUACGGCUCUGUAGUUCUCUAAGGCAGUCAAUUUUCUCGCUUAUACUCUGUUAGCAACGACUGAAUCCCCUCUGUUCCCCCUUAGAGUAAUGAGAUCCUCAAGCCCACUCUUCUCCCUUCUUGAUAAUAAAUGUGGACUGGUCCCUUAGAGAAAUAGCAUAAACCACAACAGUGUUGAAUGUAAGAUGUAGAUGCACAAAAAUUAUCAGUAAAAAUUGACCUCUUAAAGUUAAUUAAACAACAGAAGUUUUGGCAGCCCAAGUUAAGUUUGUGAUCGCUUCUAAUUAAUGACCUUGUCAUAAUUACAGAUGUGACUCGUUUACUUAGCUCAUGUGAAAUUAAAACAAAAACGCAAGCGAACUUCUCGAAAAACUGGACAAAAAAAUAUGCAAUAAACGAGGGUGUCAAUGAGGUUCGCCGUUUGCCAUAAAACGGCAAAAAAAAUUAGCCGUCAGGCGUAAAAAUUGGCAAAAUUUUAAUCGUUGGUCGUAACAAAAGUU